AUGGAGGAGGAAGAGGAGGAGGAGGAAGAGGAAGAGGAAGAGGAAGAGGAGGAGGAGGAGGAGGGAAAGGAAACUCUGGAGGAUUGGUCGCUUCUCUCUCCGGAUGUCUGUGGGAGAGACUCAGACUCAGACUCAGAGGUGGAGGGCCAUGGCGGUCUGCUGAAGUCUCUGGGUCAUGGGGGAGUCCAGCCUCAGAGGUGGAGGGCCAUGGCGGUCUGCUGA